AUGUGGUGCUCGGUGAGCCUGCUGUCGGUGUCGCUCCUUCACCCAGCACUGGGCUGCAACGGCAACGGUGACUUCUGCAACCUUCCUUUCACCAAGUACACCUUCGCUGGCACCCACAAUUCCAAUGCGUACGACUUGGAUCUUCCAGAUCUCAUCAAGGAGGACAUACCUUUAGUGGAUGUCAACAACAUUUUGAAAGGCUACUAUGAGAAUCAUGACCUGGACCUCAGGCAGCAGCUAAUGUUCGGCAUUCGCGCCUUCAUGGUGGAUCUUUGCGACCCUCCAGACACACCAGGUGCUGGUCCUUUCGUGAACUGCCAUGGACCAACGGGCCAAGCAGCUGUCCGAGGGAAGUUCGAAGAUGACCUGGACUCUGUCACUGAGUGGAUAAACCUACACCCGCGUGAGCUGAUCGUUCUCUCACCUGACAACAUUCCAGGGGGCGCAGGGACUCGCUGGGAAGAGCUCAUGAAGACCAAGUUUGGCGGGCUUGGCACAGGCUCGCCCUGCGUGGAGAUCGAUGGGACGACAGAUGUAUCGUCCAUGUCUGCACGUUCCGCGGUGUCAUGUGCUUUGAUCAGAGACGUCCCCAACGACAACGUCACGAUGGGUGCACUGGUGGAUCUCAACCUACGGGUGGUGGUCUGGCCGGUGAACUGGAGGGGAAUCUUCUACAGCACCUAUGAUGAAAAGAUUCAGCCCGGAGCGACGUCUGAGAGACUCCAGACAGACUUUAUGGCCUAUGCGAACGGAGAGAAGUGGGGAUUCCCUGGUCGCAACCAUGGAUUUCUUUUCCAGGUCUUGGGAUCUGCCGCGUUCCCCAGCUUCGCAGAGUGGGACGCAUGUACCAACCCAAUGUGCAAGGCAAUUGCACUGGACAAACUCAAGGAUGACUUAGCACUCGACAGCGUCAAGACUAUGUCUACCCGACUCAAUGCGGAGCUGCUGCAGGACGACACAACCCCGCAUGAAUAUCAGUCAGAGGAGACAUGCCCAGAGUAUGCUUGCGGCUGUCUAGGAUACCGGUCGCCCCUCGAAGUAGCCCACCAGAAGCUUAUUGAAAAUGGUCACGGGAUCCAGGCCAUGUUCGUAGAUUAUCCCGAGGUGGGGGAGAAGAGCAACGUUGUCCAUGUUGCCGCGAGAAUGAACGAAGCCAACCUUCGCCAUUUGCGUGGUGAGGACGAGCCCGGUGCCGACUGGUGGUCCUGCCACUGGCAGCCAGUAACGGCAAUUUCUACAUCCUCACUGCUGGUCAUCUUUUGUUCACUUUACGUCUUUCUGAUGUGUCGCUACCCGGACCACUGGGGCGUCUGGUUCUGGGGUCAGGUGAGGGCCUACAAGGCCCGGGUGGCUGCUAGGAAGGAAGGAGAAGAGAGGGGUCGUGAGGAAGCCCGGGCUUACUUAUAUGGGGAAGCUCAAGGUGCUGGCAACAUGGAUAUGUCAAUGCCUCAGCAGAUUCCACCCGGGAUUGCUCCCAUCGCUGCAUAUGGAAAUCCUCAGGCCGACUAUGCAUAUCCGGCAUAUCCACCGUAUCCCCAACAGCCUCAAGGCAAGUUCCAGAAGUUUGCGGAGACGGAGUGA